GGCCCAGGGCGACGUAAAAAGAAUCCCGACAUUCCUCCCGAGCUGCUAAACAAUCCGUUCAAGCAUUUCAAAGUCGAUCAUCACGCUGAAAGACCUGUCAACAUGUCGAACGGAGAACCAAUGAAGACAGACGAUACGAACAAGUCCAUUUCGGGCGAUUCGUCGCCUAAUGCUGGUGUAACUUUGACGAUUGAAGGGUCACGUGAUGCCAACAACAAUUCAACUGGGGCUGAAAGGAAAGACCCACAGUUCAGGACGCCAAUUUCCCGACCGCCUGAGCGCGCUCUGAACAUGACACCGUCCAAUCUCACGCCACCAUGUCUUCACGGGAGCCCGCGAUAUUCUACCACACACGUAAUUCAUUCUCCAACGAACGCUCCGCCAUCACGUAUCAUAAGCCCGCCCAAUGGCGUUGCUGUGCCGCCAAACUCUCAGUCAUGCGCGUUCAACUUUCCACCUCGUCCUCAGGCGUCUUUGAGUCCACAAGGAAAUGUGUUGAGUCCAGCAACGAAUGGCGGUCCACCUAGCAACGGUGCGUCAGCGGUGGCCAAUUGCAGCCCAGGAGGUCUCCUAGUGUAGGAGAGGCAAUGAACGUUGAAGCCUCGGUACCUCAUGUCAGUAGCACUGGCACAUCUGAGCAUGUGGAGUUCAGGAAUGCCGCUGUUAAUGAUACGGGUUCUGAAAUGUCAGUCUCUUCGCCACACGUGUUAUCUCGAGAGGUUUGUUACUGAGACCAUAACUUAUUUUUAGACAUUUUACAAUUAACUAGAUUCUAUCACUAAUUUGAUUUAAUUUUCCUCUUCAGCCUGAAUUCAGGGAGCCUGGAUCCACGGGUUAGUUUUAGCUGUGAUUUUCAGGAUGUAACUUUAACAGAGCUACAAAUGAAUCUUUCACUACAAGAUUUAUCUUUCGCACAUUACUCAAAUUAUUACUGCCUUUUUCCUUUUGCAGAAAGUCUUCUGUUAAACAUACAGGGUCUUCUGAAGGUGGCUGCAGAAAAUACGAGACAGAACGAGAGACAGGCUGUUUACGAAAGAAGUAAGUAACGCCAUCGAGAAAUACGGUCCGAUUCCUGUUCGUACCUCAAUGACGUCUCAAUCGAGUUAACCCUUUAACUCCGAGAAGUGAUUAACAUGUAACUUCUUCCAAUAAUAUCCAUACAUUAUCCGCAAACAGGUAAUCAGAAUACUCAAACUUAUCAGUUAGAAGUUAAUAUCUCGAUCUAACACUAAAUUCUCGUAACUAAUUCACAAGGAAAUGUGUAGCAGCUAGAGAGGAGAAUUUACAAUCAGAUCUCGGGAGUUAAGGGUUAAACUAAUUUAUCUAUUUUAUGCCUUUCUUCUUAGAUGAACUUCGCCGAUACAUUCAUCGCGAGCGUGAGGUUCGAGAGAAGGCCGAAAGACAAUCCGCUGCUCUGCAGAGAGGAAAAGGUAAACAUAAUUCUCCCUUUGGGCCUUCAUUCGUUAUCUUCGACUCUUCCUACUGCCAAUUUGUCAAUGUUUAUUUCAUUUCCCGACUGCCUCACAGUUUUCGUGCAUCAGUUCUUAGAGUUAAGUAUUAUAUCAAGGAAAACUGGUGGCAGCAAGAAAACUGUCGUGGUGAGGUGUAUCGAUUUGCAAGAAGGCAGAUGUGAUUACUUCAAAAGACGGGACGGAUUGAUUUAAGUGAAAUUCGGGUUGUUUUAAUCAAACACGAAAAAUUGUAUUCACAAACGAAAAUUGACGAAAAUCCGCUUAAUCUAAACUGGUUAUAGUUUGCUUCAAGUUCAGGCUAACCAUGCCGUUAUGCGAAAUUCAGCGCCAGUAGUCGCACGCUCGAUCACGGUAAAAAAGGAAGUCUUAUGCUCUCGCAUCCCGUGACUUAGUCAGUGUAAUUAAUACGUGGCGAGCUCUAUCGGGCUUUAUUAUUAUAUAUGUUUCAUUAUUUAAACUCGACGUCACAGGAGCUAUUUAUUAGGAUAUGAACUCUUUUGGGAACUUUAAGUAUGCAUGCAAUUCUUGCGAUUCUGCUCCUACAAGUGUACGCGUUUCGGUUUUUUUUUUCGCCUGAACCGUGACGAAGCAGCGUAAAUACGGAUAGUUUCCCUUCUGUAAGCAUGAUUGCGCAUGUCAUUGCCACCGGCUGUUUUGAAACUCGGUCUGUUAGGCACAGCUAGUAUGUCUGCGUUUCAGUUUGAAAAUAAGCACGAAAAGAAAAGCGUGAAUUAAUGAAGUAGACUACUGAAUUGCUCAAGACUUGUGUUGCUGAUUAUAGCUUUACCACUCAUAUUUUUUCGGUUUUUUCCUUCAGCUUUUCUUCAAAAGAAACUCAAGAAAGAAAAGAGAGCGCGGCGUAAGCUCGCUGAACAACUCCUUGGUAAGUUCUGGACACUCCUUUCAAAUUCUUUAUAUCAGCGACUAUUUUAAGCGAUCAAUUAUUCCCUGCAAUAUAGUUGUAGAAGUUCUAAGUAUCUUCAGUAGUAAGCCACUGGAAAUUAGAGAAAGACGUUCACUUUCUCUUUUGAAUUGGUGCGGACUGUUAAGCCCUGGGUAGUUUGCUUAAUAGCGAAAGAACUUUGUAGUGUGACAGGAAAAGUUAAUAUUCCUUGUUCAGUCUUCGUCUUCCUCUAUGGAAGAGUAUAAUUUUCGACUAGAAAUCAAAUAGUAGCCAUAUUAUCUCACAUCUCUUAAACCUUAAGAUUGAUAUGCAUCUUAUUUCUCCCAACACUAUCACCCCUAAAUCAAACCUUAAGGUCAUGAGAAUAAAAGAAAUGAUCGUGAGAUCACUAAAGAAGCUGAUUCUUCCUGUAAGUACCCUGGGAAAAGUAUAGAGAACAGAAUGGAGAUUUUGCAAACCGAUGUUUAGGGUGUUUAAGUGUAGCAGAGUACUGGUAGAACGUUGAGUUUGAUUCUUUUCUUUCGAAUUCGUCAGAGGAACAACAACGAUGUGAGCUGCUUGAAGAACAGCUGAGACAAACGACCCAAGAUGCUCUUAAACAGCGAAACGGUGAGCAAGCUAUGUAUAGACAGUUUAUGAAAGAAGUUCACCUAACUGCCUCGUAGAAUGUUUAAAGAAGGAAAAUACCACCAACGUGAUUUAACUAACAAUACAUGGGAGUUACAAUGUGGAAUUCCUUGAGUUAGAGAGGGGAGGGAGGAGGAAGAUAGAAGGGGGGGAAGAAGAGAAGAAGGAGAGGGAGGGGAGGGGGGGAAGGGGGCUAUGGAUUAAGAAAGAUGAUCACAUACCUGUAUUGGUAUAUCCUGAUAUAUUAAAGUGCCGGUGAAAUGGAAAAACCUUUUUCGUGCUGACAGGGGUAGGUUUUCAUGGGGUCGUGUCCCACGUAUGAGGAGAAGAGGGGGAUUGGGGUGGAGUGAAUUACCAAGGGGGCUUUAAGACUCUGUUUCAUCGACCCUUCAACACCCAUUUCUUGAAAUUAACAUAUCUGGUUGACUUCUCUGCAGUUUUCUUUGAGUGACUUAUGCUUUCCUUCUUGUCGCCUUUUCUAGAUGAGUUACUCCAAGAGCUGGAAAAAGAACGCUGCGCCAAGAUUGAAGCUGAGAGGAAGCUUAAAGGUAAGCUAGGUGCGUGACACGCGCUAUUCUUUUUUUUUUUUUUUUUUAAUGGAGUGUUUGUAUUUCUCUUCAUUUGAUAUCAUUAGCAAGGUUUCCUUUCAAAAAGAUUUAACUUAAAUGAAGCAAGAUGAUAACUUCAAAAGCUCCCAUGCCAGGUUAUUAACAUGAAAACAUUAAUCACGUAAAGUAAUGACUCGUGCAAGUUGAAAUUUUCUGUUGUAGAUGGCAUAAAGAACCCUUGUAGAGGAAAUCGUUUGUGGCUCGGGGAAUUAAAUCUUUUAGUAGGUUUUAUUCUUAAUUCUGACCUCUGAGAGUGAUAAGCAUCUAGUUUUUCUGUGGAUUUCUCAUAAAUCAAAUAUUACAGAAUUAUAGAAAACCGAAGAAUCUGCAGAUGUUGAAAAAAUUCCUUGUCAGUACCAUAGGAAAUACAAAGAGAACAGUAUGGAGAAUAUGCAUACUGAUGUUAGGGUGUGAUGGGUUAACAAUUGUCUUUGGAAAAGUCUCAUCACCAAUGUUUACAGCGAACAUGUCUUCUUGUAUUUGUAUGUACAGCGCUUGUGAUUGGUGCAUUUAACUCAGUGAUCUUUUUUCCUUGACAGAAGCUAGAGGGGAGAUCCAGAACUUUGUUCAUAACUUUCUUGAAAAUCCGAGUCAAGAAGGGCCUGGGCACCACCGAUCGGAAAUGGAGCCGGAUGAGCUAAACGGGGUCGAAGUGGUGAAGGACGAACAUAUCGUCACAACAUAG